GAACAAACGCAACCAGGAAGUCGCUGAUUGGUUAACGUCAGACCGACGCCGCGUUCACCGCACUGCCCGACGGGAGUUGUAGUUUAUUAGCCCUCCAGGCUGAUUGGGCAGCAUGGCGGCUCAGCUGGAGGAGAAUGGCUGCAGCAGGCAGAGCAGCCCCACCGCCGGGGUAAGCAGGAGCGGGACCACUGCCCCCCUGGAGGAUAUAUACACCCAAUACCCCCCAGAGUCUGAUACCCCCCCCUAGAGUCUGAUACCUCCUCUCCCCAGAGUCUGAUACUCCUCCCCCAGAGUCUGAUACUCUCCCCCCUGUGAGUCUGAUACCUCUAGAGUCUGAUAAAUUCUCCUUACAGAGUCUGAUACCUUCCCCAGAGUCUGAUGCCUCCCCUCUAGCCUGAUACCUCCCCUAGAGCCUGAUACCUCCCUAGAGUCUGGAUACCUCUACAGAGUUCGAUACCUUCCCCAGAGUCUGACAUACCACUCUCUGUAGCCUGAUAAUACUUCUCUCCUGUAAGUCUGAUACUCCCCUAGAGUUCGAUACCUUCCCCCAGAGUCUGAUACCUCUCUCUGUGAGUCUGGAUACCUUCCCAGAGUCUGAUACCUCUCAGAGUCUGGAUACCUUCCCCCAGAGUCUGGCAAUUCUCCCCAGAGUUCGAUGCCUCCCUCUAGAGCCUGGAUGCCUCCUCUAGAGUUCGAUGCGCCUCUCUGUGAGUUCGCUUUCAAGCGUAAGUAAAUUGGAAUAUAUAGGAAUGUGCACACUAAAAUGUAGCUGACAAAUCUCAUAAAAUGUUUUCCUAGCGCAGCAUAAGUACAUAGAUUCCUAUGGCUGGAUUAGCAAAAAAUCAUCAGGAGCACAAGGAAAAAGUACAAUGCACAGUUUAGUUAAUCAGGCCCACUGCUAAAACCUACAUUUAACCUACAAAGCAUGCUGCAAUCUGUCACCAGCGGGCAGGUAUUCACAGCUACACUGAGUAUUUCAAGAACUCAGUGUGUACAGCUCGUUCCUGAGUACACGCUCUGUAAUAGGGGGGAGCAGAGGUAGAUCCCCAUGUUAUUGAACUGCAACUUCUAUAAUGCUUUUCCAAAUUUGAGAUCUGUUAAGAAUAACGUAUCUUCUCUAUAUGUGCAUAUCAUGGGAAGGAAUUGCAUUGAUUGAGAUUCAUGGCAAAGUGUUAGUUACACUGCGGGGGUGAGAGUCUAAGCUUGCUGCCUGUCCCUCAGACAUUCUCCAUAGGGUUCUAAUAUGAAGUCACCGAACACCCAUUUCCCUUUGUGUAUAAUGCUGCUGAACUAGAUAUGACUGUUGGUAAAUGAGAACGCUUGCAUCGAAACUUCUCGUACUGUUUUCUAGGUAGCGUCACAAUUGUGGCCUUUUACUAUUCACACAUUUGGGGUUCCUUUUUAUUAUCUUUAAGAGGAACCUCUCAUUUAUUGAUCAGCUGUGUAUGGUGGAUUGCCAGUUCUCUAUGGAGAGACAUAGCUGCCUGGGUUCAUGUCUUUUUGCUCAGCCUGAAGAUGAAUUCGCUCACAUUUCAAUGUGUUUUUACCCAGGACUCUGACAGCGAGGUAGCCGAUUCUGCUCGCCAUAAGCUUGAAUCUCUCCUGAAUCGCAACAUGCGGAUAGAAAUGACAGACGGACGUUCACUAGUGGGAUGUUUCCUCUGCACGGAUCGGGACUGUAAUGUUAUCUUGGGCUCGGCGCAAGAAUUCCUCCGACCAUCAGGUGAGCAUUUUCUCAGUUGGCAGGUUAAAUGGGAGACACAGGGAUUCACAAGAGGUUACACACCAGCUGCAUUAAAUAAUCAUAUCUCUGUGCUCUCACACAACUAAUAAGGGUUCUGGUUUUCUAUCUUGGAUACCUCUAUAACUGGAACUAUUGGUGGUGCGUGAAAACAGUGUAGGAACAGAGCGGUUUAGGUAAUACAGAGAAUUAUUCCAUUUAUACAUACCUUUAUACAGGCUAAAGUUGAUUAAUGUUAUGGUGCUAUAAGUUUAUAGAAGUUUCUAUAUUCUAAAAGAGGAGGGGGGGGAAAAGUACUCCCACAAGGGGGAACAAUAGUUUAUAAGCCUCACCACUUAGAAAUCUACGGUCCAGUCCCCGUCUGCCUUUGACGGAGUGUGAUCCAGUAUCGAGGGACAUCUGCGCUGGAAUCAGGUUAGUGACCCUUCCAAGAGCCACGUGUUAUGUGGGGGGCGGGUGGGUGGGAUGCAAGGGAAGGAUGCAUUGUUGGCGACUGUAGUGCUUGGGGGGGAAACCAACUUUUUAAGCAGUUUAACAUUAAAUGAGGAACCCUGGCCACCUACAUCCCAGCCUCCACUGAAGGUAUGGAUAAAGGGAGAGAUUACACAUUCUAUCCAUACCAGCAAUGUGCACUGCGAUAGGCCAAAAGCAGUCAGCUAACAUUCUCAGCCAAUCAUCACCACCCAUUGCUGCUCAGGCUAAUCCCUCUUAUUGGGCUGCUGGGAACUCUGUUAGCAUGGUCUAACAUUGAAUGCAGGGAUGGUUUCAAAGGACAUCAGACACUAUAACCACUUUAAUGAGAUGAAUCAGUUACUUUAAUGCUUUCUGAACUACUUUUUCCCCUUAAUCUCUAUUCAGUUUAAUCAAUUGGUAAUUAAUGUGUUCUUUAAAAACGUAAAAUGCUGCAACUUCUGCCGUGUUUGAUUAUAACCAUUUAUUAAACAAUGUAUCCGUCAGAUGUUGGAAUCUACCCGUGUGAUCUCUGUAUUGUUAAUAUAGUGUAAAGAUGGCAUUAUUCUAACAGUACACUAGGGGAAGUGGAGAGAAUUAACAAGGCCAUGGCAAAUAUUAGGUUAAAACAUCUUGAACUGGAAAAACUAUCAAUUUUCUAGUAAAAUGUACCUUUUGUCAGUUCUCCAAACUUUUGCUCACUUAUUCAUUUAAGCAGAGUGUUUGGUGCAUGUGUGUUUUAAAUUUAAUUUUAUUUGCAUGUGUUUCUGUUUUUAGAUCACUAAACCCCCUCCUUCAUUAAAAAAACAAAAAUCUUACCUUUAUUCCGGCACAAUGACGCAUUACUCACUGCGGCUUGAUCCUUCUCUGGUCAAGUUAUCAAUCUUAGUACUGAAGACACGCGAUGCAUGCGCAUUAUCCAUCAAUCCAAUACCUUUCAUAGAGAAUCGCUGGAUGCUCAGUGUCAGCCGUCUGCAUACAUUAAAGUUGGUCGUCAAAUAGAUCCAAUAAUUAAAUCUAUUUCAUUCUGAAGUCCCAGGUGGUUAUUAAUAUGACAGCCAUUAGUAGCAGUGGAAACUGAAAUGUAAAGCAGUUGUUGGUGCUUUGACUGUCCCUCUUUGAGGGACACCAUGGGUAGUUACUGACAUGUUAGUGAAUGUGAGCUGUAUGGGUGGCAGGCCUUGGCAGCUAGUAAUAUGUAUCACACAUUGCAUUCUCUGCUGUAAUGCUGUUUAUUCCAUCUUCACAGACUCGUUUCCGGUCAGAGAGCCACGUGUCCUGGGUCUCGCCAUGGUUCCUGGCCACCACAUCGUCUCCAUAGAGGUGGAACUUGAAAACGUGGCCUCCCCUCAGUAUCUCUGAGCCUCGCUGACAGUUUAACCAUUUGUUUUGUGGCAAAGGGAGAAGCAGAUCUGUGGCCAAGUCAUUGCCAUUUUAAAAACUUCGAAAUGCGGCUAAUACUCUCUUUAUGUGCGUUGUGUAUUUAUUAAUACACGUGUCUAUAAAAGACCUGUCUUUCAGCUGUAUUCUGUGUACAUAAAUCUGCGCAAGUUGCUUAUGGUAUUAAAAUUAAAUUAUUUCUAUUUCUCUGUACGUUGUUAAAUUAUGGGCUAUUAAAUCCUGGUGGGAGCAUUACUGCCUAGUGCAGAUUUAAGGCCAUCUUUUGCUAUUUGCAACAUUUUGCUAGAUAUUCGUGAUUGUUGCUUCUAUAUCCUCCUCAGGCAGUGAUGCAAUAAAGAUGUACACAGAAAAACAAGUAAUAGGAUGGCGCUAAAAUAAUUGUUACAAUCCAAUAAUAAUAAAUAAGCAGCGCUAUAUAUUGGGAAAAGGCUCCACUCACCAAAAAAAGAUAUAUUAACCCCUUAAGGACCAAACGUCUGGAAUAAAAGGGAAUCAUGACAUGUCAUGUGUCCUUAAGGGGUUAAGGACACACCUUCUGGAAUAACAUGGAAUCCUGAUGGAAUAUUUCCGUCAUGUGUCCUUAAGGGGUUAAAGGGACUUACCUGCCUGACAGCUGGUUUUAUCCAGAGUGUUAAUAAAGAAUUUUCUAUCUUCACGUCUGCAUAUGUUGCAAAAGAUGCCAUCGCAGAGCAGACUAAAUGGCUCUACCUUUGUGAAUUCUCUGGUUUAUAUCUAU